UGCAGUAUAACUACAACCUUAGUGGGAGGUUAUGAUUGCAGCCAUCAACCAUAUUCUACUGGGUGCCAAGACCAACUCAACCAUUGACUAACAAACAACCACAGGCCUGAAUAACAACAUGGACCUAAACCUUUAAAAAGUAGUCACAAUGCGUCUUAAUAACCCUUCAAAGGUAAUGACAACAUCACAAGCGGUAAAACAGCUUGAUUUUAUGAAUGACCCAGAAGGGGUUGCUCAAGCUGAUGAUGUCACAAUAGAGAGAGUCAGUAGAGCAACUAGGUCAAGACCUGUGCAGAAAGUUAAUGUAUCUGUUAAACCAGCGGUUUCUGAUGAAGAAAAACCGUUGGAUAAAAUGCUUAGAGGUGCAGGCUUGCAUGACUAUUGCCGAUUAGAUUUGAAAGAAAAGAAAAAAUUCUUGGCAACGAUUGGCAUGAGAAAUCCUUCUCCUGUAACUGAAACAAUGGACAAUACAACUGAGAAUCCAGUAGCUUCAACCUCCGAGGGUGGAUUAACUGAUAACAUUGAGAUGAAAGAGCCUCAAGCCUCAACUUCUGAUGUGACAAAGAACGUUCAGUAUUCUUUAGGAAGUAAUGUCAAAGCUGAAAGUGAAUCAGAGGAGGAUGCUACCCAGCUGCCAGAUGAUGUCAUAGAUGUACGUGAACAAGAGGUUGAUUCCCAGCAUGCCACUGUACAACAUGAGGAAAUGGAGUCCAAACCUGCCUCAUUCUUCAGAAAAGUGAAGAGUGGAAUCUCUAGCACAAUCAAAUCUGCACUGGAUGGCCUGCAAGUCAAUAAGAAGCGGAAGAGUGAUGAGAAGCAGUCCACAGAGAUUGGAAAAGAUACAAUGGGAGAACCUAAAGUGAAACAGCCAAGACUGACACCAGAGAACAGUGAGAGCACACAGGAGAUGCAGCAACCAUAUAGAGCACAAACACCUGUGUCAGAGGCUCUCAAUGAAGAACUUAUUUCCCUGGGGAAAGUUGGACACUCUCCAUGCAAGGUGAAAAAAAUGAUCAACAAAAGGAGGUUGAAUCGCAAGUACAAACUAACAAGGACAGCAAUGUUUGCCCCAGAAGACAUAGACCCCAAUACCUACAGUGACCACAUACAACAGUACUUUCAACAAUAUCGUGUUCUACUUCGUGACUUCCAAUCAAAUGUAUUUGAAAAAGUACCAUUUGGUAGCCCUGUUGAAGUUGGACCUCAUAUGGCAAAUACUCUAGACCUGAGAACUGCUGACAAUGAUACCAAAGUCUCCAGAUUAUUUGACUCUGAUCCAUUUGAACAAGAACAAUCUCAUUCUUCACCUGUUGCUAGGACUCACUGGAAAGUGGGCUCUGGAUUUCAACCAAUAAGACGCAGCGGUCGUAAUAUAAAGAAACACACCCAGCCAACUCAACAUAUACUCUUCAACGAUCAACUGCCUGAUAUUGAGUCAGAUGAAGACUUUGUCCCAACUACUUACAGAAAUAAGAAACUUCCAGGGAAAAAGCAUAAACCAGCUUCUAAAUCUGAAACCAGUAACACUACACAGGAUGAAAAAAUCACAAAGUAUUGCUCCCCAAAUGCAAAGAAAUCUCACAUUGUAUCAGACAUUCAGAAGAGUCCAUUAGUGAAGGUUCAACAUUGUGAUGAAGUAGAUGAGGUGAACGUUGACGACUCUGACAGUGAUGGUGAGAUUGAGGAAAAGAACACUGCUGAACCACAAAGGGCUAAACCUUACAGUCAACAAGCUGAGGUCCAAAUGGAUCAGGGUCCAGAUGAAACUGAGCUCUUUUCUGAAUCUAGCCAGAAUAAGAGCUUCAAUCUAGGAAUCAACUCUAAUAUAGAGAAAGUGUUCCCUGUUUUGUUUUCUGAGAAAAGCUCUAUUAGUGAAAUUAGGGGAAAAUCUGCCAAAGAUUUUCUGAUGAGAAUUGAAGAAGAAGCCAAGGAUGGCACUACAUCAGAUGCUUCUGACACAUCCAGACCUCUGUGUAAAAGAUUGACUAGAAACAUUGGGGCUGCUGAAAAUGUAAAAGUAAAAUCAAAAGUAGUAAAUGCUGAGGAUAUUUUAAACAAUUCGUCUGACAGUGAUUCUAGUGAUCAUUUUGAGAUUGUUAAAAAGAAGGUAAAACGUAAUAGAGACAAUGCACCUCAGAGGAAAAUCCAAGUGUUGGAUAUUAGUGAACAAUCGGUGGGUGCGACUCAGCCUCCUGUAGAAAUACAACCAAGGAGUGCUCCACAAAACCCAAUUGCUUUUAUUGUAAAUGGUAAAAUGACAUCUGUUUUACCUGGAAUGAGAAUUGUUACAAUUGCACCACCAGAUCCUCUGAGCAAAUGCCCAAUGUGUGACCAGAUGUUUGGUGUAAGUGUUAUAAACGACCAUGCCAGCCACUGUGAAGGCCAGAAAAAUGACCAGACAUGUCCCUUAUGCCAGAAACUCUUCCAUAAAGAUGAAAUUGAGAACCAUGCAGCUGGAUGCCAGGGUCCAAUAGAUGAGGAGGAAGAUGACAACUCUGCUCCACAACCGCAGGAGAUGCCUAAUAACCAAGGUACAAGACAACAGCCACAUAGCAACAAAGAUGUACGAGAACAGUCACAACAACACCAGAGUGAUGAUAAUGAUACAGAGGGAUAUGGAGAUGAAAAUGUACAUGAAACAUGUGCCAACCGAGCAAGAAGAAAAGCAGGACAUGCUGCUACUACUAGACAAAGUCUCAGUAAACAACACAGUCAGGGUCAUUCACAAAAUACUAAUCCUACCCACAGUACAUCAGACAAGGCCAGUAGACCAAGACAAGUGAAGACAAGGAAAACUCACAGCUGUGAAAAUUGUGGGAUUAUUUUUACUGCCCAAGGAUACAAGAAGCACAUGGCAAUUUGCGGAAAAGAAACCAGUCGUAGGAACAAAAUGGAGGGACCCUAUGAAAUGAGUACUGACACUAGUGACGAAGAAGUGGAAGAAGUUCCAAGGACCACCAGAAGAGGUCAACGUGUUAGAUACUGAUCUGAGACAAAGCUUCUCAUUGGUGCCAUUAGAUAGAAACAACUUUUAAACCUAUGAUGUACUGGAACUUUCAGGAUCUCCAACAAAACCAGAGAUGUGAGCUAGGACAAUAUAAUUACUACAUGUAUAAUCUGAGACUAUGACAAAUUGAGAAACCAGAAAAGAAAUAUUGCAUGCACAGGCACAGGCACACCAUGUGAUUUUAUGAAGAAACUAGAAUAUUAUUUCUGUACUGUGGUUAAGUAGUGUUUGUAUAGAGAAUGACAUGUUGAGCAAUGAAGCCCCAAUUUUUUUUUUAUAGUAGUAACCAGAAAAUAUAUCCUGUUGAAGAACCCUAUUUCUUAUUACUUGGAACCUUUAGUAUAGACAUCGCUUUAUUGAUUUGUGUUUUUUAAAGUGUAACGGGGCGAGUGAAAGGCCCGUGGGUGGCAAUCAAAUGUAACAGUAGAUGCAGUUAAAAUGUUAAAUAUCUAUUUGGAAUACUCUGUGUAUGGACAGUCACAAACUCUAGGCAACACUAACAAGUAAAGACAACACCCCAACUCAGCUACAUGUGAGUGAAUGCUAUUAUAUGGAAUACAAAAACAGUACGAAACAAUCACACCAUGAAAAGCUAAAAAUCUGGUUUAAACAAAAGAAGCUAAAGUAGAAAGUAUACAAAAGAAUUGAAAACAUUGGAAUUAAAUAUUUCACAAACUGGUAUAAAGUAAUGAAGGGACCUGUUAAGAUGACAUGGAUGGGGAUUGGUCAAUAUGAAUAGAAGAAAUAUAAACAAUGUGAAAAUGACCAUGUUACAAAAGCAAAUCUCUUGGAG